GUAUAUCUUCGUCGCAUAUGAAACAUGACUCUUUAACGAACGAAGUUUAUAUUAUAUUGGGAUAUAAAAACGUUAGGUCUUGUUUCUUAUCAUGGAUCCUGCAGCGUGUCGAGCACUUGCAAAGAAGUAUAAAAAUGACGUUCAAGAUAAGCUUAAGAAGUAUGACGUCCUACGUGAUUUGGAUGUUUUCGUUUUGGAUAACUCGAUUCGCGAGAGCACUGUUGGACAACUGAAAGGACAUACUCUGGAAGAUAAAUGGGCAAUCUACAAUGUGACGAAAAAAUGCGGCUUUAAAAAUACAAUAGUGGCCAGCUUUAACCAGAUGACUAGCGUCGAUGACGUUUUCAUAAAGGAUCUGAUUGCAAAAGGGGAGGACCCCGAGGGACUUUGGGCCUUCUCCGAAAUCACGGAAAGUAUAAAGAAAAAGGUCCCUGACACAAAGAAGUUGCCUGUCGGACUACGAAUGAUGCAGUCUGCUGGUUUGCGAAACGUCAUUUUUGAGGUUGACCUUGGUGACUCUACCUAUGACUUCGACAAAUUUAGCGUCGAUCAACUUUGCGCUCACCUUGAAAAGUUAGUGCGAUGGUGCUUUAAAAACCUCAGCAAGAAGGCUAAAAUUUUGUUUAAUUUGCGUGAUCCACCCGAGGCCAUGGCCGGGGAUGCCGAUCGCGUGUUCAGGGUGCUUUCAUUUCUUUCAAACCUACCGAAAGAGAUCCAGUUGUUUGGAUUGAUUUUUGAGGAGCCACGAGGAAAGUCUUUGCCGGAAGAAUGUGGUACUUGGGCCAAGUAUAUUCGAAAGGUUAUGGACGACGCAAAAUGGAAAGGACACCUUCUUGUUCAUGUGCAUGAAAAGUUUGGAUAUCUCGAUGCAACUGCCCUAGAGGUACUGAUGAACGGGGCCAAUGGGAUAUGGGCAAGCGUCUGUAACGAGGGAGCGGCGAUGGGGAACGCUUCAUCAUGUGUGACUCUCAUCAAUCUCGUUCGCCUUGGUAACAAAAAGGUCCUGCAGCGUUAUAACUGCGCUUUUCUUCGCCAGGCCGCAAUAACCGUAACGGAAAUAAGCACUGGAAAUCCGCCGCAUAAGAAUCAGCCUGUAUACGGCGCCCGGGCUUUAGAUUUCGUUUAUGAUUUUACUAAGGAGGAGUUUGACCUUGCAAGCUUCUUUGGAGAAACGGCUCCUAUUCGAAUCACAACUGUAGCCUCACCUGAGAUGAUUCGCUUACAUCUAGUGAAUUUGUUUGGUAAAGAUAAAAGCUUCACGUUUGAUCAAGCAUACAAAAUGAAAAAAGUCAUGCUUGCGGACUUAAGACGUGGAAGAAAGGAAGAAUACAUGAGCAAGGUUGGACUUGCGAUCCUCCUUGAUCGCUCUGGAGGUAAAGUAACACCAGCAAUGAGGGAUGCAAUAGAAUCAGACACCCUUCUCACUCCACACGCUCAAAAUCUCCUUACGGAGAUCCGCGCACGCUGGGACGAGUGGGACCUUAAGGAGGAUGAAAAGGACCGAGGGGACAACAUGUUACAAUUUGAUUCGUUUUACAACGCGUUUAUGGCGCCCUAUUUCUCUUGCUACCGUUGCAACGACACCAGAAAAGGGCUGCAGUGUCUGGACAUGGAUUCUGACGGAAUGGUGGACUGGUCAGAAUUCCUCGUGUAUCUCAAAUGGGCGCUUCACCAGUACCCUGACGUCAGAGACUCCAGCGAGCUCAUAGAUGUCGCCUUCCGGAAGGGACUCAUUCCCGCUAUGAGAGACGAAAUUCUGCGGCAGCACGGAACCAAAUAAACAAGAACCAUUUUCAGUAGAAAUAAACUU